UAAUUUUUUUGUUGCUCUUUCACAGAGACUAACAUUUUCCUUCAAUACCAGAAUAUGUCUGUGCAUUCCUAAAAUGCCCUAAAAACAACUUUUAUGUCCACUGCAUAAUACUUGAUCAGCUCUGUGCCCCUGAAAUAUUCCUCAUGUGAUCUAUUAAAGAAGAAAUUCCUAUGUUCACUACUACUAAGAUUCCAAAACAUCAGAACUAAAAUAGUACCAGUUUAACAGGUACGAAUCCUAAACUUCAACUCUAAAAGACAAAAUCAAAAAGAACUAAACUAAGGAAAAUAUGUCUUGAAAUUCCACAUAAGAUUCCCAAGACAGAGGAGAAGCAAGCAUUGUUCCAUUAUUUAAUAAGGAAAUUGCAGAUCAUUUUGCCUGACAUCAACGUCAGGGAAACUGAUGGAGAGGCUGGUACAGGAAGAAAUCAGUGUACAAUGAAAGGAUGAUAGUACAAUUAACGCCAGUCAACAUAGAAAAUUAGUUUUGUCAGGAAUAAAAAAACCUGGCUAUUUUCCCAUGAGACCAAGAAUUAGUUUGAUAAAGUAAACUCCUGUAAGAUUUCAUUAGGGCUUUGGCUCACAAGUCUACAGGGUUUCUGAUAAAAGCCCCAGCAAUGUAUGCUAUCAGUCUGGUCCAUACUAAAUGGACCCAAAUCAUACUGAAUGAUCUAAACAAAAAAUAUAAAAUUACUGAUGGAAAAAGCUGCAAAUUACAAAAAGUUAUAGAGAUAUAAAUAACAUGAAGGGCAGGCCCUUAAUAUAGACCAACUAAGAAUUCUUAGUGAGGUCUGGCCUAUAUUUCAACACAGAGAAAUCAAAGUUUUUCAUUAAAGGAACAAAGAAAAUCUCAUUUAAAAUAUAGGAAAUUAUUUUUGAAAAGGAAUUACUGUGAAAAGAAAGAAAUAGCACUAAUAGGCCCAAGCAGACCCAUUCCCAGGGCAAAGUGUAGGCAAAAUUAUUCUUAUUGCCCAAGGUGGAUUAAACCAUGACACAGGAGUUGGUGCUACUACACCUCUCUGUGGUUUCAAAAAGAUCAUUACUGGGAGAAUGUCCUGAAGAAACAGCUCCAGAAACCCAAAGGUUUUACUGAGAGAAAUGAUACUUAUUUGUGAUGAUAGGGGGCCUUCAGAAAUUCCAGUUAGGUUAAUGUGUGAGAAGUUCAACAGAGAAUUGUGGUAUAUGAGUACAGAAACAGGAGACUGAAUGCCCAAAUUGCAGUGCUAUGUACUUGAAAAAAAUCUGACUAAUUUUUCAUUUAUAUUAUUUGCCAGUGAGUCUCCAUCUCCAAACAACCACAACUAGGAAAACAACCCCUUAUAAUUUGACUCAAUAUUAUCUGUAAGACUAGAUAUAAACCAAAUACUUCAAUUUGAAAUCACAACUACUAGUAAAAGUACUAGUAAGAGCAACUGCUAAUUGAAAAUUACUAAGUAAUAGCUAAGAAGCUCUUUAAAAAUAAGCUAAGUAUCACUGUAAAUGAAGAAAGGGUUUGAUAUGCCAUUGACAAGUGCCUGGAAUGAAUCUGCCCUACACAUUUCCUACUUACCCUCCAUCUCCCAAGCAAAAUCCUCCAAACCCUAUGCAUACAUUAUCAACCUACAUUUUCACCUACAUGCAUCAAACCCCAUCACUGCCCAGAUCCAUGCCCUUCAGCACACCUGCACUAAGCUUGGCCAAGUACAAGUUGCAGGACAGGCACAGAAUUCAGCUUGAUAAAUUGGAGAUGUAUUGCAAGCACAGGAUGAAAUUAAAUAUGUUCAAGAGCAAGAAAAUACAGUUAGGAAGAGGUAAACAUACAGGCAGCACCUGAGUACAUGGCAAGUAUAUAUAAAAAAGGAACAGAGAGUACAGACGUCAACAAUAUCAGGCUGCUGCCAGGAAGGCAUGAGCAAGGGUGAUGGUAUUAGCAGGAAUAGAGCUUGCAAGGAACCCAAAAUAUUCCCUCCACUUCAUUGGGAUUUGUUCUGUGUUCAGGGGGAUUACUUAAUUCUAGCUUGGUGAGACACUGUAGUAAUGGGAGAGACAAUCUAGAGAAUGCCCAAAGAGAAAAUGAAUGAUCAGAGGGCUGGAAAGCAUGAUGAUCAAGGAAGAACUGAAAGAUGUGGCCCUACUUAGCUUAAAGGAGAGAAGGCUGGGAAAAAGGGAGAGACUCGCUAACGGCUUUCCAACUUAUCCUGAGACUUCCAAUAGAAAUCAGAAAAAGUUAAAAUUUGAGCAUACUGAUAGAUUUACAUAUCAAAUGCUAAUAUGUCAAACUCAAAUCCUAACUUACAUUUCUCAGGAGAUAAACUUUGACAGUGUUUUCCAGACAAAUAUCCAUGCAUUGCAAACAGCUUUGAGAAGCUGCUGCUUUCCUGACGUGAACAAUAAUUUUGCCUGGUACUUUGAUUGACGCAAAUGCUCAGUCACAUUUAAAUCAAAAUAGGAGGAAGCUACUAUUUUCCAUGGCUUCCUGUAGGACAUAUGCACUGUUAUCCCAGAGGAGAGGGCAGGUUAUGCAAUUGCUGAGCAGCUCUGGGGAAACAUUUCCAGCAAUUAUUUGGAAAGGACUGAGAGAAUAAAUUUAUAAGACCUUCUCAUCAUUUAGUGUUUUCAUCACUAAAUAACUAUUAGAUUUUAAAUGAAUUGAAUUUUGGUUACUAUUUCACUCUCCUUAUGCAACGGAAUGGAAGGGGAAUGGAAACUUGCCUCACUAGUAUUAGGAUUCUCCCACUGCAUGUGUGUGAAAGUGCUGGCUAGUUAAGAAGUGGAAUAGUUUCCUCUGCCUUAUCAUAGUCUAGCCUUACUGGCCCAUAUAGUACAGUCCUAAACUUGAUUUAGGAGCCAAAAUGGACCAACUGUUUUCCAGAUUUAAGAGAUGGUAGAAAGACAGCCAAUUCCCACUUCAUAGCAAAGCUAAAUGCUGCUCCAAUUCAUCUAAUGAAUAAGUCAGACAAGUUAACAAUGUUGACAUCUGAAACGUUAUUUUUUCUCUUUUAAAGGGAAAUGAAAUAGAAUUACAUUACUUUCAAAUAAAUGUAAAUAAAUACAGAGUCCUUUGAGCAUAAAUUAUCACAUAAAUACUUCUCUGUUUCCAUACUUUCUUAUUUAUUCUUACUAAUUAUCCUGAGUUAGCAGAAUUUCUAAUUUAUGUGCCUUGAGCAUACAGGAGAAAAAAAAAAGACUUUUUUAUCUCCUUACAUGACAAUAUUUGCAAAACAUCAGAUGAAAGAUUUCAGCUAAAUAAUUUUUCCAUCCACUAGUCCUGCAAUAGCAUGGCCUACUGACAGCAAAGCUUCCUGGCUUCAACACUGAGCUCUCAAACAGCUUCUAAACUUGAACUGGACAUUUUUAUUUGUGUCAUUACUACAAGCCCUUCGCAGGUUUAGAGCUACUCCACAUCAAUUCUAUCCUCUGAGCUCUGGAAACAAACUGGAAAGCUGGGUGAGAGCUAAGAUACAUGGAGCUUUUUCAGAGCACUUUGGAAGCCAAAGUUAUGGAAGACUUUUUCCACUUUGACCAUUCAUUCUUUAUUAUGCUUGGCCUUCAUCUGCUCCUGUCACCUUAAAAAUGAAAACAACAUGUUCAUUAUUAUUCAUGGAAAUUCAUCGGAUAUGGAGAAGGCAUCCCUUUCCCCACCCCAGCUGUUCCAUUUUUAUUUCUUUUGGGAAAGACUAUGCUAUUGUUUGCUUGGGUAGCAAUCCUUUGAACUUGCUUUGCCACUGAAUUCACCACUGAUCAUCAGGAAGAUGAUCAUUUGCAUUGGCUUCACUGAAUCUUAUCUGCAGGCUAAAUAAGGGCCCCAGCAGCUGCAGCCACAGGUCCCACUUCCUUGUGUCACGGAGUACAGGGAUGCUGGAUGCACCUCAGCUGGCCUGGUAUUUAAUGUUACAUGUUUACAGUGCUCCUUGGUGCAACCUCUGUUCCUGACUGGGGCGUACUGGAUGUUACCACACAAUAAAUGCUUAUUUCUAUUAGUGCUACUCCUAAUUACAUGAAAUGAGACGCUAUCUAUUGCAGCUGACAUAAUUGCAUUGACCAUUACCUUGUUAUUCUCCUAUGAGACAGAGAGAAAAUACUAUCCUACUUUUUAAAUACCAGUAAUUAAAUUAUAUAUUUGUAUUUCUCCUUUUGUAAACAAACUCUUUCUGCCUCUUUCCAAAAAAGAUAUUUCCAUGUGUUUGGUCAUUCUUGUGUUUCCUGUCUAGAUCACCUCUGAUGAUUCUGCAAUUGCUUUCUGAGACUGGAUGAGCAGUACCAUGAUCAAUAUUCCAUAUGAGACAUUCAGGGAAUGGCAUUUCAGUUACCUAUAAAAUCUGCAUUCUAUAAUUGUAUGUUUUACAUUGCUAUUAUACUUAAGCAUUUUAACACAGUGUCAUUUUCCAAAACCUCUGCCUAGCUUAGGAGCUCUAACUGCCAUGUCUACUGUAGCCUCAGAACUCUUUUUCUGAAAUGGUUAAUGCAGAAAUCUGGGAUUUACACAACAGGUUUAUUUUAUUUUUUUUCUAACAUACCACUCUUGCCAGGUUUUGGCACUAAACAUCUGCUUCAUUUAUUGCUGUCAUGUUGUCUGUGUAUGCAGUUUGCUUGGUAAUUCUGUAUUUCCCUGCUGAAAGAUUUGUCUUUGCCUUGGACAGCAGCUUGAUUCGUGCUGCAUGUACCUGGCUUAUGCUUUAUCUUCACAUUUGCUCUCUGGUCACCAUGCACAACAUUUCCUCUGAGAUUCCCCUUACAACAGAGUAAUGUUCACGUAAAACCUCCCUUUCUGCGUGCCUCAUACUGCACACAAACUCUCGCAGCCAAAAGAUACAUGUGUCCAAGUCAGUGCUACACACAGAUGUGACACAAAGACACAGAAGAUAAAACUUUUCCCUCGAGCUCAUAGACAGGCUCUGAAUCCCUUUGCUGUGAAGUUACUGCUGCAGCCCCUUCUCAAGCUGCAGGACCUCACCUUUCUACAUACAGGAGAUACAUCUCUGUAUCAGAAGUCUAUAUACACCUGAAAGGGGGGUUAAGAGCAGCAGGAAAUAUUUCACACAAUAGCUCUCGAUUGGCUACAGAGGAGAAUAAUUUGCAAGACUCUGUACAUUCCCUUCCCCUAAAACAUUCUGUUAUUUGUUAUCUUCUGCUAUUUGUUACCUUCAAAGACGCUGCACGUGCGGCAACACAGGAAGCCAUAGAUAUGCAUUAGACUUUGUAAAAGGUGCAUUGUGAAUGCAGACUAUAAAUUAUUAUAAACAUGUGCACGUGCACAACAUAGAAUGGAACUACAAUACAUGAAAGUGGUGCUCAGUGUUAGCCAAAAUCGCAGUCCCAGCUGUCUAAUUUUGAGGAAGUAGGAGCUGUGUGUUGAGCAUCCUUAAAGCUAGGCUGUGCUUAUUCAGUCUCUAAAAGGGAUCUAACAGCCACACUGUAGGCAUGAACGACUGUAAAGCCAGGGGUUUAGUACUCGUAUCGAGGCUGAGGUCUGUCAGAGAUCACACACACUGACACCCGACAGCGGAGCCCUCUAAAGCGACACACGAUUUGUCAAAAAGACACUUUUUCGAAGCAGGCGGGGCCGCGGUGGAGGUGGAGCCGGCUCUGCCCGCUGCAGGACCGGUGGCCGGGCCUGAGAUGCGCUGGGGUGCCGCGGGCCGGGCUUCCUGCUGCCCGCACACCUGGGAGCGGGGCGUGGGCAGGGAGCUCAGGGCACCGCAGCUGUAAAGCGGGCCGGGCCGGGAAGGCAGCGCCGGCAGCCGCGGCGGGAGGCGGCGGAGCGGCGGCGGGAGCAUGGAGCGCUGCGCGCCCCCCGCGCCGGAGCAGGAAGCGGUGGAAGCGUGGCUGGACGAUCACGGCGACUUCACCCGCUCUUACUUUGUUAGGAAAGCUACGAGAGAAAUGGUUAAUGCAUGGUUUGCUGAGAGAGUUCACACCAUUCCAGUCUGCAAGGAGGGAACCAAGUCCCAGAACGAAGCCUGUGCCUGUCACCAGCCUGCCUGUGCCGAGACCCCCAACUCUGGGACACCAGUGAGGAAAAUCUCCGCUUCUGAAUUUGACAGACCCUUAAGGCCUAUUUUUGUCAAGGACUCGGUAGGAGCAGUGAGCUUCCUCUCUGGCUCUGACAAGAAGGAACAGAUGCCUCUGCAAUCUCCAAGGAUUGAGACCAGUGCAGGGGAUCAGUGCUCGAGACUAUUAGAACUUGUGAAAGAUAUUUCUAGUCACCUAGAUGUCACAGCGCUUUGCCAUAAGAUCUUCCUACACAUCCACGAGCUGAUCGCAGCCGAUCGUUACUCCCUGUUCCUGGUGUGCGAGGACAGCUCCAACGAGAAGUUCCUCGUGAGCAGGCUGUUUGACGUGGCAGAAGGAUCCACCCUGGAAGAAGCUUCCAACAACUGCAUUCGCCUGGAGUGGAACAAGGGCAUUGUGGGUCAUGUGGCAGCCAUAGGGCAGCCUCUCAACAUCAAGAAUGCCUACGAGGAUCCAAGAUUCAAUGCAGAAGUUGACCAGAUCACAGGGUAUAAGACUCAGAGCAUUCUCUGUAUGCCAAUAAAGAAUCACAGGGAAGAGGUUGUUGGUGUGGCUCAAGCAAUCAACAAGAAAUCUGGAAUUGGCGGCACUUUCACUGAACAAGAUGAAAAGGAUUUUGCAGCGUAUUUGGCAUUUUGUGGAAUUGUUCUUCACAACGCUCAGUUGUACGAGACGUCUCUGCUUGAGAACAGGCGCAAUCAGGUGCUUCUUGACCUUGCCAGCCUGAUUUUUGAAGAGCAACAGUCUUUGGAGGUGAUCCUGAAGAAGAUAGCAGCCACUAUAAUAUCCUUCAUGCAGGUGCAGAGGUGUACCAUCUUCAUAGUGGAUGAAGAUUGUCCGGAUACAUUUUCUAGUGUCUUUCACAUGGAAUCUGAGGAAUUAGAGGAUUCAGCUGAAAAUCUGAAGAGGGACUAUGACACAAACAAAAUCAAUUACAUGUAUGCUCAGUAUGUGAAGAAUACAAUGGAGCCACUCAACAUCCCAGAUGUCUGCAAAGACAGGAGAUUUCCAUGGACAAAUGACAAUGCAGAAAAUCUAAGUCGGAACAUUAAGAGUUUGCUGUGUACACCAAUAAAAAAUGGGAAAAAGAAUAAAGUGAUAGGGGUUUGCCAGCUUGUGAAUAAGAUGGAAGAAAACUCAGGGAAAAUCAAGGCUUUCAACAGAAAUGAUGAGGAGUUCUUGGAAGCAUUUGUCAUCUUUUGUGGCCUGGGGAUCCAGAACACACAGAUGUACGAGGCUGUAGAAAGAGCCAUGGCAAAACAGAUGGUGACACUAGAGGUUCUCUCAUACCAUGCUUCUGCUGCUGAGGAGGAAACGAGGGAGCUGCAGGUAACAGUGGCUGCUGUAGUGCCAUCUGCACAAACUCUCAAUCUGACUGACUUCUACUUCAGUGACUUUGAGCUGUCAGACUUUGAAACAACACUGUGCACAAUUCGAAUGUUCACAGACCUCAACCUGGUGCAAAAUUUCCAAAUGAAACACGAGGUUCUCUGCAGGUGGAUUUUAAGUGUGAAGAAAAACUAUCGGAAAAACGUUGCUUAUCACAAUUGGAGACACGCCUUCAACACAGCACAGUGCAUGUUUGCUGCUCUGAAAUCUGGGAAAAUUCAGAGCAAACUGACUGACUUAGAAACGCUGGCUUUGCUGAUAGCAACUCUGAGCCAUGAUCUGGAUCACAGGGGAGUGAACAACUCUUACAUACAAAGGAGCGAACAUCCUCUGGCUCAGCUGUAUUGUCACUCAAUCAUGGAGCAUCAUCAUUUUGAUCAAUGCCUUAUGAUCCUGAAUAGUCCAGGAAAUCAGAUUCUCAGCAGCCUUUCCAUUGAAGAAUACAAGGCUACACUGAAAAUGAUAAAACAAGCCAUUCUUGCCACAGACCUGGCACUAUACAUCAAGAGGAGAGGAGAAUUUUUCGAACUUCUGAGGAAGAAGCAGUUUAAUUGGGAAGAUCCCUCACAAAAGGAGCUAUUUCUAGCAAUGCUGAUGACUGCUUGUGACUUAUCAGCCAUAACCAAACCAUGGCCAGUUCAGCAACGGAUUGCUGAGCUUGUGGCCACUGAGUUCUUUGAUCAAGGAGAUAAAGAGCGGAAGGAGCUCAACAUAGAACCCACAGACCUAAUGAACAGAGAGAAGAAAAACAAAAUUCCCAGCAUGCAGGUUGGAUUCAUAGAUGCUGUUUGUUUGCAGCUGUAUGAGGCCCUAACGCAUGUGUCAGAGGCCUGCUCCCCUUUGCUGGACGGCUGCAGAAAAAACAGGCAGAAAUGGCAAGCCUUGGCUGAGCAGCAAGAGAACCUGAUUAAUGGAGAAAGCAACCAAGGCAAACGGAACUGACAUGCUGAUUUCACCACCAUAAGCUCAAGUUCACGUAGGAGACACAGUAAUAGGGGAGUACUGCAUUUUACUAAACACUGUAUGAAUUUGGCUUAUGUUUUGCCACUGCUGUAUUAUUUUUUCCACAUUUCAAGAUAUAGCCUGACUGUGUAGAUGCCAAGAUGAUCUGAAGACAAUAUGUUUCUCUUAUUACAUCUGACUGAGAAGGAAGAAGACCUGCUGGGGUGGUUUUUGCUAGCCCAGCCCACAAGAAGGUACUGGUGCAGGUACUGACUGUGCCCGAGAGCCUGUUGCUUUAGAGAUGUACAUAGUUGUUUAGUGAUCAUGUUGUGGCCAGUAUCUGAAAGACUACUGCAUUUUGCACCUUUUCUCUCCCUCCUCCCAUCUUGCUGGGUUAUGUUACAAAAAUAUUGAGCAGUCUUGCCUGUUCUCUUGCCAGAGGUUCAGAGGAAAGACUGACACUCACUCUGGGGAGCCUAUUCCAAAUAAACUAUUGCUAACCUCUCUCAGAAAGUAGAACUGGGCUCUAAGGUGAAAACCCCAAAAUCUGUGCAUCCAGUAGAGUUGGAGUUUUUUCCAUAUUAGAUGGAUGUCUUAACAAAUGUGUUAUUCUAGCUGAAGAAAUGCCUUAGACCCCUGUGAAUUACUAGGCAACGGGAGUCUCAGGAGUUCUGUGGUAGAGGCGUCUUGAGCUCUCCCUGCCCAAUGGAAACUGCUUGAGACCGAUGAAAUGUCCCAACGUAACUGACAGGCUGCCAUGGAAAGCUGCAAGAAGCACACAGAGAAAUGGAAACAAAGCAGGACUGGUUUUGUACGCUGGUUUUAACUUAAUUUGGAAGUUGAUUUUAACAUCAUCUAACCAACACACUGGAUCACAGGCAGAAGAGAAUGACUGCAAGAGCAAGAGGUGAAAAGCUGAAUCAGAAUGAUGCAGGAAAGGCACACUCCUGGUGACCAUCAAUGACUGAUUCUUCAGGCCAGCGUUACUAUGAAACGGCUAUGACCACUUUGAAGAAAGUUGUACGUUAACAUCUCUUAAAAAUCAUUUUAACAUUAGUUUAAAAUGAUCUAUCAUAGUGUCUUGAAGAAAUAGGAAAAAAAAUACCAAAAGAAAAAAUGGCCAAGAGUGCUACAGGGAUUUGCCAUUUGUAUGUGAGGCAUUAAUGUUCUGCAAAGUAAGAAAUCAAUGAACUUGGACUAGUAAAAAAAAAAUGGUGCAUUAUUUAAGAGAAGAAAAUUAAUAAACAUGUUUUUGAAUUGGAAACAAAUAAAGAAAAUAUACACAUUGGACAAAUCCCAAAAGAGGAAUACAAGGAGAGUAUUAUUCUUUAGGUGGACAGGAUAAGGAGAUGAAUGCCAGCAUUAGCAGCACACAUAACUUUGGCUGCACAGAGACACACGAGAUGUUCCAGUUUUUUAAUCUGUAAUAACUAUUUUUUAGUUAAAAUCAUCAUUUGGCAAAAGUAGCACAUUUGGCACUGAACUUUUAAGUGUGGGAAUUUAGUUCUAUCACAAUAUUCCAGGAAAUUCUAGUUAGAAACUGCAAUAAAGUCUUCUUCCCAGGAGACUGUCAACCCAACUCAUAAGAGCUGGUCGAAAAGGGAAAACUCUCCCUUUUUAUCAAUUUCUUCAUUUAGAUAAAUGAUGCCAGAAGCUAAGAAAAGAUGAAGCAAAUGUUUCAAAAUGUUUGAUGAUACUGAGUUAUAGAGUUGAUAUUUUAUUUAAAUGUAGAACAAGGUAUCCUGACAGUCAGCAGUAUUUCUGCCACCCUAAAUUAUUUGUCACUGAUUAAGUCCUAUCUCAGAUUUCUCUAGUGAGCACCAAUAAUAAAUUAUUGCAGCUGUGAAUUUGAAAAGCUUUUUCUACAGAAGUAUUUCUCCUUAUUCUGUCCCCACAAAUUAAAAAAAAAAAAAGGAUGGAUUGCAACACUAAGAAUUCCAGGACUGCUGGAAUUUUGGAAUGUUUUGCAGUACUCUGUAUAUGUAUUUCUGUGCAUACACAGCAUGCAGGUGACAGCAGCCUGACCCUGCCAACACACCCUCCCCCAAAAAAGGUUUUAGGUACUUUUGGAUAAAUAGAAAACUUUGCUUCAGGAUUUGCAUAGCCCUUGUAUAGUCUUUUCCUUGAGUGCUUGAGAUACUGAAAUAUAAUUAUUAUGCUGAGAUACAUAUUUAAUAUAAAUAGGAAUAAAAUAUAUGUAUAUAAAGGUGUAUUCUUCCUAUUAUGGUUGAGACUAGUAACUCAUGGUGACAACACAGCAGAUAACUAUGAUGAUAUCACAGUGUAGUGAUGUAACUUUGACAUUAAUAUUCCAGUAUUUCUUUGCUAUAUUGUGUGUUCAGCAAAGCUUUAUUAUAACUAAAUUUAUAAAUGCUAAGAAGGAGUGCUGGAUUCAUACCUUUGACUUGAAAAGAAGGGCAUGAUGUUACAUUUUUUUAAAGGUUCACUUAAAAUGAACAGUUAUACAGUAUGUGCAUAUAUUUAAUUAUAUAACUGUACACAUUUAUCCCAUAGAAUCUUUUCCACCAUAAGUGUUGGAAUAUACAUAUAAAUACAAUUCCUAGUAAAUAAACAUUUAAAUAUCAUAACACACCUGUAUCUGUAUAUAUUUAUACAAAACCAAAGCCUUUAAACUACUGGUUUAAGAACCUUAAAAGCAUACAGUGCUGUAUUUAAUGAGAUUCAAAGCCUUUACAUAGUGUUUUACUCUGCCUGAAGGCCAAAUCCAAGUGUGUCAUGGCUUUGCAUGACUCAGUAGCAGAAACUGCUUCUUCCUUUCAUAAUGCAGAUAGGGGACAAUAUUGGGGAAAAAACCCAAACCUAACCUGGCUACAGCAGGUUUCCUGCUUCAAGUUCACUGUCUUUAGAAUUCAACCUUUUGAAAGCCAACUAGUGGAUUACAGCUAUGCAGCUGUCAUUAAUUUCAUCAUGAGCUGCGUGUCUCAUUGUUACAGCUAGACCAUGUAAUGUCUUUGAGAGCAGACUGAAAUAAUCAGUGUGGCUUACACAAGAAACCAGCUGAAAUGGAACUUAUCACUGUCAGUUCAGACUUAGGUCCAUUGAAACCAUAGUCACAAUUGACAUUUAAAUCUCUGGAUACAAGAAAUUGUCCCACUAAUUCUUAAUAUUUCUCCCAAUGAGAACAACUAAUUUGGUAUCCUACUUGAUCUCAUAUACAAGCAUGAUUUUUUUCAAACUCCACGGCACACUUUAAUGCUUGAAGUACACUUUUAUUUCUGGAUUUGUUCUGAAAAAAAUUACUUGUGUUAACACAAAAUUACUGAUUUACCCUACCUCUUCUAAUUCCAAGUAACAGUGAUGCUCUUGAGCUGUAGCUACUGUUUCUUUUCCAAUAAAUUAGCCACACAUGCAGUAUUAGCUGUAGAAGGCCUAGGUUUUGUAUUAUAUCAUACAGUUAAAGAAA